AUAGGAUAGAGAGUGGAAUCAUCCGCGUAUCUAUUAUUAGUUGAGAACCUUAAAAGGAGCUAUUGUGACCAAUCUUUUUUGCUUUUGUUUCGACUUUAUUAGUUAGGCACAAGGUUGACACUAAACAAUAUCUAGAGGGAACACGCAUUGCAUCUAUCCUUCCAAAACAAACCUACUUCUUUGACUAAGCCGUAGAAAUGCUUCAUACUUGCUACCCUUGCGGAACCACUAGACUUGAUCUUGAGGCAAGACUUUGCGCCUAUCCUGACUUCGUGGUAUCAAUAGGAGACCUUACUUUCACAUACUGCCGAUUAAUAAGACAUAGAUGAUCUCAGAAUAAGACAUAGAUGGAUGAUCUCCGGGUGGUUUAAAGAAAGGGUGUGCCCUAGCAUCUUCGGUCUUACAGCGAAUAGCUUCCCCGCUUAACUAGCCAUCCAACUCUAUCUCAAUUCGACACACCCAGACAUUCCAACUAGACUUUCACUAGAUUCAGUAUCAGUAAGAGAAGUGGUUACUCUGCCCUUUGCCAGAUUAGUGGAAAGUUCAGACAAGAGCAGAACAGAGCGAAGAGAAUGGGUUUCAGCAGGAGACCUGCCAUUUCUCAUCAAGAACAAUAGCUAAGGGCCCUGUGAUACUACCGCUUGGAUCUGGCGAUAGUCAAUCCGUUGUCAAGCAAGACGAGAAAGCUUACUUUCACAAGCAUAGCAAUCCCAAAUCAAUAGAGAGUUUGACUCAGCCAUUCCAGAUAAAUAGAGUUAGCCGUAGCCAUUCUAGUCAUUCCAAGCUGAAGGCAAAGAUAAUCCAAUGCUGGAAGAUAGCUAGGGUGAUAGGAAUAGGAGCGGAGCGCCCCUUUCCUGUUCUGAAGCAGUGGGAGAACGUCGCCGUCCUAUAUCUGGUUCUGGCAGGAUGUGUGCAUUCUACCUAUCCACAAACCAACUGUUGUCAGGCCUGUGUUCGUAGUGGGCGAGUCCCCGUGCAUGAAGUCAGUGGAUUCGAGAAUGUGGUCCCUCCUCUCUUUUGACCAGUCCUUGGCUUCUUUGUUUGAUGAUGGGCCCGGCUAGAUAACAAAACAAUGAAAUAGCACGGUGAGAAAUCUUCUUGAUGAAAUCUUACUGAUUCGACUCGGAUAGUAUAGGCUGCGCCUUUUUCUUUCCCGUCCUACAAAUUGAAACCGUUCUAGCUUGAUACUGCGAUAUCGGAAAAUCAUCCAACGGAGCAUGGAAACCAUUUCGGUGGCGGUAAUGGCCUCCAGUAGUUUUCUAUGGAACCAUACCACUAUGGUCAUCUAUAUGAUUAGACCGUGCCGCUUCACUAGACUUUCCUGAACCAUCCAUUUGAUCCCCACGGUCGUGACACCACUUUCUAAACAAAAGUUGGCUAAAUCCAAUGCGGAACCAAGCAGUAAGAUAAAUUCAUCAUGGUAAUUAUUACUCGAAAACCAAAGUGGAACGGAGAGAACGGAGAGUCAGUUACAAUGACUCAAUUGUUGAGGAAUCAUGUUGAAAGAACAACAUUCUGUGUCAUAAAUAUCGUAUAUAGACAUUUUUCAUGUAUAUCCGGACGACGCUUUUGAUUCCAUUAUGAAAGUACGCUGUACUGGACUUGCACCCCUAGUUACGCAGAAGUGCAAGCACAGAAGCGGAUGACCGGACCUUACCAACAUACUCCAAAAGUAUUCUAUACUGGGGUCUGUGCUCUUGACAAGCAGUGUUUCCAGUCUAGCUGUGUCAAAUCGGGUGUUCAGUGUCCUUCUAGGUUCUGGCUGGUAGAGCAGAGGACUGAAAAUCCUCUUUAGUUUAGCGCGUUGGACUCUAAAUCCUUGCUGCGCUUGCUGUGGUUCGAAUCCACCUCAGAACGAACAAUGAAUGAAUGUGGGCGGUCAACCAGGUAAGCCUGUGCCCAGGAAAGAAAGGACUAGGGAGGGAUUGAGAGAAGCUUUCACAGUGGAAAAUGAAAAAAAGCAUAUCGUUCUUAGAAAUUGUGGAAUUUGACUCAGUUAGAGCUAUGGUUUAGCAUCAAGAGGGAAGUUUUGUAAAAGCAACAGGAAGAAUUGCUCAGAUACCCGUGAGCGAGGCUUACUUGGGUCGUGUUAUAAAUGCUCUGGCUAAACCUAUUGAUGGGAGAGGCUAAAUUGUAGCUUCGGAAUCUCGCUUAAUUGAAUCUCCUGCUCCGGGUAGAAUUUCCAGGCGUUCUGUAUAUGAACCCCUUCAAACAGGGCUUAUUGCUAUCGAUUCGAUGAUCCCCAUAGGGCGCGGUCAGCGAGAGUUCAUUAUUGGGGACAGACAGACUGGCAAAACAGCAGUAGCCACAGAUACAAUUCGAAAGACAAAAGGGAAAGAUGUAAGAAGAACGAGAGCGAGCCAACUUCACCCGCCUUUCUUUCUAUCUGAGUUCUUCCCUCUUUCUGCUUUCGAACUACUGGUUAUGUCACCACCUUUGAUGUUGACUCUGACUCUGAGUGGUUAGAAGAUCAGCAGAUAACCUAUUCGAAUUUCUUACUUACCACCUGUAUCUCAGGAAACAAAACAAAAACCGGAAAUGACAAUCCUUUCGAUAGUAUGUACUAAAUUACUUUGUACGAAUGCACAUCUCGGCCGUCGGGUAGCUGAUCACCAUUUCAAAGUCUAUAUCCGUGGUUCAAGAAAUGGAAUUGCUAUUCUCGAUUCAGACAAGACACUGAUUUGUUUACGAAACGCUCUUCAUUUUAUAGGAUCUCCCAGUCGUCAAAAAGGCCGUUCCUUCUUUUUAAAGACCAAUCAUUUAUUUUAUUUGGAGAUAAUGGAAGAAAUGGCGAGCUAUUUAAGAAGCUAUUUAAGAAAUGUGAAUUCUCAUUGUUUCGAUGAUUCUCAAUGGAAGAUCGGGGCGUUUUUGACCAAUUCUUUUGCAAAUAAAAAAAAAUUCCGUUCAAGAAAGAAGAAGAUCCAUUUUGGGCUGAACCAACAACCUGAUUGUGUGGUUAUUCUGAAUGCAGAUAGAAAGUCUUCGGUCAUACUGGAAGCUGAUCGAUCACAAAUACCUAUACCAUCCUUAGGUGAUUCUACGAUCCCAUGGGAAUCCUAUAAAAGAAUCACUUAUCCCAUCCCAUCUAGGGAUACUAUAGAAAUAGUUUACUUUUUUUGUCAUUCGAUCAUGAAAACAGUGAUCAUUGAACAGAAAGCGAUGACGGUGGAAACUAAAUCCCGAAUCAAAAAAACCAAUUCCACUUUCCCUAGGGGGACCAUGGUGAGAGGAGCCUCCUCCUCAACCUCUUCCCCAAAAAGGGGAAGGGGAAACUAUUAUUGCAUUUGGAGGCUUCUUUUCACUCUAGCGGCUGUUGUGGUAGCAACCGUUUUUUUACAAGUUGAUCCCUCUUUUUUCGCGUCCGAUCAAGCUAGGGAACUUCUAAUCGAAUGGAUUAUAUCACUUUCGCAAUCUGCUUAUCAUAUUUUGAGGGCAAUUUUGGAAGAAACCUGGAAUGGACGUGAGCGCUGUGCUCCCAUGGGAGGGACGGAACUGGAAAGUCCUUCCCGUUCGGGGGAGGAAACGUACAAAGCCCCACACGUUCAUCUAAUGCUAUCAUCUGAUAGUGAUAGUGAUAGCGUUAACCAAGGGGGUGGGAGCGAUUUAAGUAUUGACCUCAGCCGAACGGCUGAGUGUCAGGAACAUAUUCGGCAAUAUGCCGAAACAAUAAAAGAUUUUAGAAUUGACGAGCAAUUUGAGAGUUUCAAAAACGAUGAAUUCACUAAACCGCUCUAUGAGCAAUUAUGUGCCUACGUGGGAGACGCGGAUGCUGUCAAAAACGAAUGUCUCCGGGAAAUCUCGGAGAACUUUGAUUCAACAGACGCCGGAUUAAUUGAUUUCGUCAAGCAGACGGAUACUAGUGAAGGGCAAAGAGUAGUUAUAUUUGAUCUUAUCAAGCUUCAUUUUCUAGAUGAGCUAGAUAAACUCCCACCCGAACUACAACUAAAUGCAAAUCCAGAGAAUGAGUCUUCGUCUGAAGAUGAUUCAGAUGAGGAUGAAUGAGAUAUACUAACUUAUUAUUCACACGAGUAGCUAAUAAAGAAUGGGGGAAGUACGUAAUAGGUCUCAAAUUUUCUGAUAACAAGAAUGACUACUGUAUUCACCACUAAUGAGGUCAUCUUUAGAAUGUGGAAUUCCUAGUUAUGGGCUAAUAGAACAUGGAUGGUGUAGUGAUCUAUCACGAGGCCACUUUAACCGGGAUUCUGGUUGAAGUGGGAUAGAAGAGUGGGUAUGUGGGCUUCUAUCACAAGUUUCGAAUCUAUAUAGAAUUGGUAAACACUCUUUCUUGAGGAAGUAUUUUAGAUCUCUGGUUUGUUGAUCAAGGAUACACUAGUAAUCGAAAUUGCAUGAAUGAUAUAAUAAUACCGACUUGAUUACCCAUUCAUAUAGAACAGAACUAACAGGCAUGCACAAGGGGCUGCACCAAGUCCAUAUAAGAUUCAUGGAUGUGGCAAUCUAAGUUAGAAAACUAACAAUACGCUAGAGUCAAAUGUGGUAGGACGGAUAAGCCAAAUCUCGCCUAGAAGUUACGGCACCUGGAGCAAUAAGUAGUUAAGUUAGAAAGCAAUGGUUUAUAGAGCCAAGGAGAGCUACUGAAUAUGGUGAAUCCAAUAUAUGAGAAAUCCUCCGUGAAAACCGAGUACGAGCAACGGUCGGGUCUGCUGCCCCUUCCUUCUCAGCGUACAGCUGCAGAUUGGAUAAAUGGUUCGUUUUUGUAAGGAAAGGAAUAUGUACCUUUACCGCGAUCAUCAUCCCCUGGUUCACGGGCAGUUGAGCCACGGUGUCGAUCGAAUCCAAAGAUGAAUUCCUCUUCUUGUGUAUUCUGUUAUUCGAAGCCCGGUUCUGCCUUGUGUUAAGCUCGGAAGCAAUACCUGCUAAGUCUUACAGACCAACUUGAGGACUCAAGCCAACCGCUGACUGACUUCUCGAUGGCCCGAUAAAAGCAAUUAGAAAACAAAUAUAAGUAGUUCCACACACAGGGCUUUGUUUGAAAGACAGAGGUAUGUUCGUAAAGGUAGGCUAGGCGCAGCGCAAUCCUUAGAAAGCAUACCUAGAUUCAAAGCCCACUCUUUCCUUCAGCUUCCACCGCUGUCUUAUGCGGCAAAUAACCACCUAGGGAGUAGAAGUUUAUUAUUGUUUUCGGUCUUUUUUUCGCCUACUUGUCUCUAUUUCGAUUGCAUUCUAUGUCAACAGGUUUAGUUUAGCUUUAUCGAUAACUAUCUCCUCUUGAUGGAAGAACAGAAAUAUCAUUAGGAAUAGGCUUUAUUGGAAUAAGCAGAUGGGAGAUUGGAUUGGGACGACCAGUCGGUAUUCGAAGAUCCUUUGGGCUUAAAUAGACUAAUAAAGACAUUCG